AUGGCCCCCACACUCUCUGCCCUGCUCUGCUUCGGGCUACGUCUGUGCUGGGGCAUCUGGGCACAAGAGGGAGUAUUGCCCAGACCCUCCCUCAGGGAUGAGCCAGGCCUGCUGAUCCCUGAGAGGAAGCCUGUGUCCCUCUGGUGUGAAGAGGCCCCUGGGGAUGUUUGGUACUAUCUGAAGAAGGGAGAUUAUCAGUACAUGGAAAAGUCUGCAGCUGGGAGGGUGGCCCAGUUCCUCAUCUCUCACGUGGCAGCAGACACUGGAGGGAGGUACCAAUGUCUCUACCAGACCCAAUCAUCGUGGUCAGAGGCCAGUGACUAGCUGGAGCUGAGGGUGACAGGCCCCUAUGACCCACCCUCCCUCUCAGCCCUGCCCAGCUCCAUGGUGGUCUCAGGACACAAUGUGACCCGCUACCACCCUUAUGAGUGGUCAGCCCCCAGCAACGCCCUGGUACUCAGGGUCACAGCUUCCCCCGAUCUCACAGCAGGCAACCUGCCAGGCAUCUCAGCAUUUCUCAUUCUGCUCUCCCUCUUCCUCCUCCUCCUCCACCGUCGGCACCGUUGGCAUCAGUUCAGACUCAGGAAUGGGGGCAGAGAGGCAGAAGUCAGGAAGACCACCAGGAGCUCUGACCCAGCUGGGACCUCCCUGGAGGAGAACUCGUAUGCUGCUGUGAAUGGACAGACAGAGGAGGCCAGACAAGAGAACACUGCUGCUCCCAAAAGGGAAGACCCUCAGGAAGUGACCUACACCCAGCUGAACCCCAACAGCUUCAAGGCUGGGGCCAAGAACUCUCCUCCCUCAGGACCUGUGGGGCCCAGCCUCUAUGCUGCCCUGCUCAGCCUGCACCCAGGGGACCCCAAGUCUGCCUGUGAGAAAGCUGAAGCCUCAGGACACCUGAACUACGGGAUGGAUGACCCCAGCUGA